UUCUCUCUCUCUCUCUCUCUCUCUCUCUCUCUCUCUCUCCAUACAUAUACAUAUGUAUGUUUAUAAGCGUCUUGUUAAUUUCCUCCUCCGCUCACGUUCGCUUGUCCAGAAAAUUUAUCUCUUCGGGAAAAAAUUAUUUUUAUCGAGGGCCUGAACAAGUUUUUCUUUCAAAACAUAGAGAGUCAAGAAAAAUCCUUCUUUUUGAAGACCUCAUUUAUAAGGCUUGUUUCUUAGUUCGAACUGUUCGUUGCUGCAAAAUGACUCGCAUAUACGUGGGAAACUUGGAUCCACGAGUUUCUGAGCGGGAUCUUGAGGAUGAAUUUCGUGUUUUUGGAGUUAUAGAAAGUGUUUGGGUUGCACGGAGGCCACCUGGUUAUGCUUUUAUUGACUUUGAAGACCGUAGAGAUGCAGAGGAUGCAAUCCGUGAGUUAGAUGGCAAGAAUGGCUGGAGAGUUGAGCUUUCUCACAACUCUAGAGGUGGUGGUGGUGGUGGUCGUGGAGGAGGGGGCCGUGGUCGCUCUGGGGGUUCUGAUUUGAAGUGCUAUGAGUGUGGUGAGCCUGGUCAUUUUGCUCGUGAAUGCCGUCUGCGUGUUGGUCCUGGUAGACGUCGUAGUCGCAGUCCUCCUCGAUAUCGGAGGAGCCCAAGUUAUGGUCGAAGGAGUUACAGUCCCCCUGGACGAUCCCCUAGACGCCGCAGCUUGACACCUCGUGGGCGCAGCUACAGCAGGUCACCACCAUACCGUGGACGUGAGGAGUUGCCAUAUGCUAAUGGAAAUGGUUUGAGGGACCGACGCCGAAGCAGGAGCUGAGUAUGAAAGCCUUGGUCACUUUGCUCUAUUAAGAGGAUACUGGGAAUGAAUGUUAAUUAGUGUGCUUGGACUUCAGUAUGACUGUUUAAAUCGGGCGACGCCCUCAGCUUCUACUCUUGGAUUUGGAUAAGUUCCUUCCUUUCUUUUUGCAGUUGGAUUUUUUCCUUCUAUGCUGAAUAUGUAGUUUCAUUCUAGGAGGAGAUCAAGCAUUAUGAAUUUAUUGAGGACAGUUCAAUGAGCACGUUGCUAAAAAUCUAUGCUUUUUGUUUUUUUGA